AUGUUGUCGAAGACACUUACACUUUUGGGGUUGACGGCGGCAGUAUGCGCUAGGGGAGUAGCGAUCUCAGGCGGCGACUUUGGUUGCGAGAUUGAUGGAAGCUGUCCACUGGGUAAAGUCCAGCUGCCCCUCAGCUCACUGGGGGGCGGCGAUGGCGAAGGGCAGAUGAACCACUUUGCCCAGAACGACAAGCUCAACAUGUUCCGCCUGCCCGUCGGAUGGCAGUUCCUCGUCAAUAACCAAGCAGGCGGUCAACUCAGCGCCGCCAACUUUGGCAAAUACGACCAAGUAAUGCAAAAGUGCCUCGCGACCGGCGCGCACUGCAUGCUCGACAUACACAAUUUCGCCCGCUGGAACGGCGGCAUCAUCGGCCAAGGCGGCCCGACAGACGACCAGUUCGUCUCCCUAUGGACGCAGCUCGCGACAAGGUACAAGGACAACGCCAACGUCGUCUUUGAGCUCAUGAACGAGCCGCACGACCUCGACGUCAAGCUCUGGGCGGCGACGUGCCAGAAAGUAGUGACGGCGAUCCGCGGGGCUGGCGCGACGUCGCAUAUGAUUCUGCUGCCGGGGACGAACUUCAACUCGGCCGAGUUCCUCGUGAGCAGUGGCAGCGCGGAGGCGUUGAGCGCGAUUACGAACCCCGAUGGGACGACGGACAAUUUGAUUCUUGAUGUGCACAAGUAUCUUGAUGAGGAUAACAGCGGCACGCAUAAGCCCUGCACGACGGACAAUAUCGAGAGUUUCAGGAUAGUCGCUGAGUUCUUGAGGACGAAGGGGCGUAAGGGACUGGUCAGCGAGACGGGCGCCUCGAGCGAUGCUACAUGCUUCACAAGCUUCUGCGCCCAGAAUACCUUCAUCAACCAAAACUCAGACGUCUUCAUCGGCCUCGUAGGCUGGGCGGCCGGCAGCUUCAGCACCGACUACGUCCUCAGCCUGACGCCCAAGAAGUCGGGCAACACCUACACCGACAACAACCUCAUGAAGCAGUGCGUCCUCGACACGUGGGCCAACACGGAGCAGAACGUCUCGACGCCCGCGACGCCUCUGGCUUCAUCAUCGGCGUUCGCAGCAUCGCAGCCCGCCGCGUCCUCGGUG